GACGUCACGGGACUGAUUGAAGUAAGUACUGUAGUUACAACAAGCAGUUACAGCCCGCAAGCCUGUCCGGACUGCACCGUACUGAGCGUAAAGAAAGCGGACCACCCCGGGCCUAUCAGAAUGUCAUACCCAGGCUAUCCACCUUCUUCUGGCUUUCCUCCUUCCUACUCUGGAUAUCCUCCUCAGGGUAGUGGAGACUCUAUGUAUCCUCCUGCCGCUGGACAGUUCCAAUUUCCUGGGGCACCUGGAGGCUACCCACAAAUGGGUGGUUCAACAUAUCCCCCUGGACAGGCAGGCGGGUUUCCUGGAGCUGGAGGAUUCCCACCACAGCAGGGCCCAGGUGGCUAUCCUGCUCCUGGAGGUUUCCCACAAGGUCCAGCACCUGGUGGAUACCCAGGUUUUCCUGGGGCAUCACCUGGUCAAGGAUAUCCAGCUGCGCCCGGAGCACCAGGUUUUGGAGGCUAUCCACAGCCCCAAGGACAAAGCUAUGGAGGAGGCGGAGGUCAAAUGCCACAGCCUGGUGGCUAUCCAGGGGGGCCAGUUCCAGGGGGGGCAGUUCCCGGGGGACCGAUUCCUGGCCAACACCCAAUGCCCUCACAGACAUAUUUUGGAGGAAUGCAGUUUGGCGAUUAUGAUCAGGCCCAAUGGAAGGAUGAGCAGCCUCAUCCAGGAAUGGGAUUUCAAGCUUAUGAAGGGACAAUUAAACCUCAUCCUCAAUUUAAUGCGCAGAGUGAUGCUGAAAUUCUGAGGAAAGCCAUGAAGGGUUUUGGAACUGAUGAACAGGCUAUUAUUGAUGUGGUUUCCCGUCGCACCAAUGAUGAAAGACAGAAGAUUAAAGCCAUGUUCAAGACGAUGUAUGGCAAAGACUUAAUUAAAGAUUUGAAGUCAGAGCUCAGUGGGCAUAUGGAAGAAGUUAUCCUAGCACUCUUCAUGCCAACCACCUACUAUGACGCUUGGAGUUUAAGACAUGCAAUGAAGGGAGCUGGAACACAGGAGAAAGUUCUGAUUGAAAUUCUUUGCACCAGAGACAACCAGCAGAUUCGUGAAAUUGUGCGUUGCUACAAUCAGGAGUUUGGCAGAGAUCUGGAGAGGGAUAUUCGUAAAGACACUAGUGGUCAUUUUGAAAGGCUGUUGGUGUCCAUGUGUCAGGGGAAUCGAGAUGAAAAUCAGAAUGUUGACAUGCAGAAGGCCCAGGAAGAUGCCCAGCGCUUAUAUCAGGCAGGAGAAGGCAAACUGGGCACUGAUGAGUCGUGCUUUAACAUGAUCCUUGCUACACGCAGCUUUCCUCAGCUGCGGGCCACUGUGGAGGCGUAUUCUAGGCUGGCUAAUCGAGACUUAAUUAGUUCCAUCAAUAGAGAGUUCAGUGGAUAUGUGGAAGAUGGACUGAAGGCGAUUGUUCAGUGUGCUCUCAAUCGCCCAGCCUUUUUUGCUGAGCGACUGUUCAAGGCCAUGCAUGGGAUGGGCACAGACGACUCCACUCUGACAAGAGUCAUUGUCAGUCGCAGUGAGAUUGAUCUGGUGCAAAUCAAGCAAAUGUUUAUGCAAAUGCACAACAAGACCCUACGCAUGAUGAUCGAAGGGGACACUAGUGGAGACUACAAGCGCCUCCUGAUGGCCAUUGUUGGACAAUGAAGACCUUUUUUAUAUAUUUUUUUUUUUAUGCGCCCUUUUCUUCCACAGUGGGUUUAUAUAGUUGCCAGUGUUUCUCUUGUGUAGGACUGUAAACUGGAAAGCCUGGACUUCACUUGCCACAGACUUAACUGUGUAUACUGUUGCUUCUUUGAGGGAUUUCAAUGUUACUUGAGCUUUCAUCUAUCAUCUCUAAACUGUUCUUUUAACAUAAGAGUGCGGACCAGUGCCAUUCUAUCAGUUUGGCAUCCUAAAACUACAUGGGCCGUAAGGACAGGGUGCUUUUGUCAAGAUACGUGCAGGUUAGACAGUCCCUCAGUCGCUACACCAAGUGACCUUCUCACCUGGGAUAGUCUUUAGCUGUCCCAUCCAAAUGUGCACUUAGGGAACUUUUUAUUUUAAUAAUGCAAAAGCUAUGCAAUUUUCAAAUGUCUAGAUGAUCAUGUAUUUUCUGUGUAUGAUUCCUACUGUAUAAUCUCUGCAUGCUUGUGUCGCUGCUUUCCUAAAACUUAAGCUGUGUGUUUUGCGUACUUAAUCUUGUUAAAUUUGCCACACUACAGACAAGCGCUCACAGAAGGGGGGACUGACUUAAGAAAAGGGUCAUGGCUUUGUAGGUAGGGAUCAUGCACUGACUGGGAGAGAGAGGGCAAUACUUCUAAUGAAUAAUGGAUUGUUGAUUAUGGGCUGUUAUCUGUACAUCAGAAUAAACAAAACAUUCUUCAUGUUCA